CAAAAGGUUAGUCUUCCUUGGAAUAGAGUUGUUUGUGUGUGUGUGAGGGAGGCUGCGAUGGCCCGCCCUCUGAGCUUCCACAGAACUGGAAGGACAAGAGCAGUCAUGUCAGGGGAACGACUUUAAGAGCACCUGAGCCGAGCAGGCAUUCACCAGAAGCUUCACCUUUAGCAGUAAGAGCAGCGCUUCAUCCAUCCUGCAGCAGGUCGUCCUUGAGACCCUCGUCUUCCACGUCAUCCUCCACAUCUACACCGAGGUUACACCAUGUUCAACAGUGACGUGCUCCAAUGUGUCAUUUGCUGCCAUGACUUCUCCCGCAACAAACGAAUCCCACGAGUCCUCCACUGCCAACACACCUUCUGCACCCUGUGUCUGCACAAACUGUCCAAGGACAAGUCAAACAUCCUGACCAUCUCCUGCCCUCUGUGCCGCUGGAUCACGUGCACCCCGGCCUGCAUGACCUUGUCCAAGGCCCUGUACGUCAACACAGAAGUCUGGAGCCAGAUCACCGAGGACGUGCAGCAGGAAUGGGAGGAUCGCUCGGUGGAUUUGAACGACACAAAGACACAACCCGAGUUGAAGCUCUCGGAUUCAAGGCGGUCAGUCAUCAUGUCUGCGCUCAAUAAGAUGCUGAGCUUUUUGAAGGGCUACUGACACUUCAGGAGCACCUCUUCUAUUAUUGUGUUGAACUUGACGGAGCUGAUAAUGAGCCUCAUUGAGUCUUGCUCUCAGUGAACACAACAGACACGUCCGUGUGACCUGUGAGAAUCCAAGACCUGAACUGAAGUUUGGUUUGUGUUUUUAUUUUUUUAUUUUUUUAUUUUUUGCAUUCAUGAACCUGGAAGAAGAAGCACUGCCUGUGAGUAAACAUGCUUGAAUUUGUUGUAAGAUAUAGUAGUUUUUUUUUAACUAUUUUUAUUAUCUAUGUUAUAUAAUUAUAAUCUGUGGAAUAUCAGUAAAUCAAUGCUAAUUAGAUGCUAAUUUGUUUCCAGAGCUGAUUAGAAUGUGGAGAACUCAUUCUGAUACAAAGAACAUAUUUCAGUGGCUAUAAGGUCUCAGUGUUAGGGCCAUAUUGAAGGAAAGGUCAUAACAUUAAGAGGAUGAAGUUGGAAUUUAAUGAGAAAGUUAGGAAAUGAGCAGCUGUGAAAACUGUUUUUCUGAGUUUCACUCCUGGAUCCAAAAUCUGGAACAAUCUUCCAGUGAGAUUAUGAAAACUCUUUGAAUAUCACACAGAUGUAACUCACCAUCACCAAAUAUUUCCUCCUCCACAAAAGAUUUUAAUUUAAAAAUGUAUAAAAAGUAGAACUGAACUAGAUGCUGCACAUUCUUCAUUGAAUGCAACAAGCCGAUCAUCUGAUAUUCCCCUCUAACAUGAAACGAAGCCUAGAAAUACGAUUGUAUUCUUGUGAUAUAUAUUGUGACAUUAAUAUAUCAGAAGAUUUGUAUUUUUGUAUUUUGUUAUAGAUAUUACUGGUUUCUACCACAUUUAAUUAAUGUUUUGUAUCUAUGUUGUGUGAAA